AUGGUCGUCGCAACAAUAAAAUGUGUGGUCGUCGGUGAUGGUGCUGUGGGCAAGACUUGUCUUCUCAUCAGCUACACCACAAACAAAUUUCCUUCCGAAUAUGUUCCCACAGUCUUCGAUAAUUAUGCCGUCACUGUAAUGAUUGGCGAUGAGCCAUAUACCCUAGGACUCUUCGAUACGGCUGGACAAGAAGAUUACGAUCGACUACGUCCGCUAUCAUAUCCUCAAACCGACGUCUUCCUCGUUUGCUUCUCCGUCACCUCACCCGCAUCCUUCGAGAACGUACGGGAGAAAUGGUUCCCAGAGGUCCAUCACCACUGUCCCGGAGUUCCGUGCCUGAUUGUUGGUACCCAGACCGAUUUAAGAGAUGACCCGAGUGUGAGGGAAAAGCUGGGGAAGCAAAAGAUGAGUCCGGUCAAGAAGGAGGAUGGUGAGAAAAUGGCGAAGGAAUUGGGUGCCGUGAAAUAUGUGGAAUGUAGUGCCCUGACGCAGUACAAGCUCAAGGAUGUCUUUGAUGAGGCAAUCGUUGCAGCUCUCGAGCCCCCAGCGCCAAAGAAGAAGCAUCGAUCUUGCUUAAUCUUGUAA